UUCUCCAACAGCAACAUAUUUUUUUCACAAAGACGAACUCUUUGGUUUCCUUCCACUCUGGAACAAGUAAUGACGUUCUUUUUCUAACUCCAUUGUUAUUUUAGAUUUGCCGUUUUUCUGUUGUACCCACAUCAGGCGUUUGCUCAGCUGUGCCCUCUGGUCUUCUCGCCCCACUCCGCCAUUUGUCCGCUGCGAGGAAACCCUAGCCGGGCAAAUAAUUUGAUGAGUUUCCAUGGCAGAGAAAGGAGAGGAAAAGCUUAUUGAAGUUGCCCGUCAUAUCGCCAAAACCCUAGGCCGCACCGACACCAUGGCCGACGACAUCCUCCAAAUCUUCUCCAACUUCGACCGCCGUUUCUCCCGCGAGAACCUCGCCGCCGACCGCCUCUCGGGCGGAUCCAUCACCAAAGAACAUAUUCCUCACUCGCCCCCCCCCGACCGCCUCUCGGGCGGAUCCAUCACCGAAGAACACUAUUCCUCUCUCGACCACCACUUUUCCCGAUUCCUCUCCUCCGAUAAAUCAAUCUGGUCCGAUUCUUCCGACGCCGCCGCGUUCCUCGAGGCCGUCGAUGCACUCAUCUCCGCCGUACGUGGUCUUCUCCCCCCGGCGCUGGAACACGCCAACGAUCUCUUACAGCAGUGUAUGCUCCGGCUCGAGGACGAGUUCAGGUCGCUCAUCGAGAAUCCUUUCGGCGUCUCCCCUUACGAACCCGUACCCCCUCCUGGAUUUGAUUCCGAUGGCGAAGACUCCGAAGAGGAGGAAGAAGAUCAGAUCCCGGUGGCGCCGCCGGUGACUGAUUAUGACUUUGUAAUCGACGCGUCUCUUCCGCCAGGCUCCGUAGCCGAUCUCCAUGAGAUUAGCAAAAGGAUGUUCGCUGCUGGUUUUGGAAGGGAGUGCGCCCACGCGUAUAGCCUAGCCCGUCGAGAUUUUCUUGAGGAAAGCAUCUGCCGGUUAGGGAUCCGGCACCGUGCCGCUACAGAAACCGUCACCGCCGACGAAGUCCAGGCCGCUCCAGGAAUGGAGCUCGAGGAUGAGAUCCGCCGUUGGGUUAAAGCUGUGAAUGUCGCGUUCCGCAUACUCCUUCCCAGCGAACGCCGGCUCUGCCACCGCAUCUUCGCCGGGCUCUCUUCCAUCUCCGACCUCUCCUUUGCUGAGGCCUGCCGUGGCCCUGCGAUCCAGCUUCUGAGAUUCGGUGAUGCAAUUGCGUCAUUUAGCCGGUCGCCGGAGAGGCUUUUCCGGGUUGUGGACAUGUACGAGGCCAUUCGUGAAGUAAUCCCGGAGCUCGACGCAUUAUUCUGCGAUAAGUACUCGGCAUUUAUCUGCACGGAGGCCGUUGCGCUCUGGAAGAAGUUGGGAGCAGCGAUUCGCGGGAUUUUCACCGAGCUAGAUAACUUGAUCCGGCGAGAUCCGGCAACAGCAGCGGUGCCUGGCGGAGGGCUUCAUCCCAUUACCCGCUAUGUAAUGAAUUACCUCCGGGCAGCUUGCGCUUCCCGGCAAACUCUCGAGGAGGUGAUGGACGAGGACGGAAUGGGUAUCGCCGAAACCCUAGACCGACCAUCAUCGCCGCUCGCCAUCCAGAUCGCAUGGAUCUUGGAAGUACUGCAAGGAAAUCUUGAGGCAAAGGCUAAGGCCUACCGCGAACCAGCAUUAAGCUGCAUCUUUCUGAUGAACAAUGGGAGGUAUAUGAUGCAGAAGGUGAGGGAUAGCAACGAAUUGACGAUUCUAAUGGGUGAGGAAUGGAUUCGGCGGCAGGCAGCGAGAGAGCGAAGGUGGGGAUCAGAAUACCAGAAAAGCACCUGGAACAAGAUGACAGCAGUGUUGAGGGUCGACAGUGGUGGCCGAGCACCAGAAGCGCCGGCGCUAAGGGAGAGGUUGAAGGUCUUCAACGUGUACUUCGAGGAGACAUGUAGGGUGCAGAGCAGUUGGGUGGUGUCGGACGAGAGGCUGAGAGCGGAGAUGAGGAUGACGGCGGUCGGGAUUGUGAUGCCGGCCUACCGGAGGUUUCUAGGGGUUUAUAGAGGAGUGGUGGAGGGAGGGAAGCAUGGGGAUAGGAAUGUCAAGCAUAGCGCACAAGAAGUUGAGGCGCGGAUCAAUGAGCUAUUCAUUGCCAAAUCAUAAGGUGCAGAUUAGGCGUGGAUUAGUGGUAUUUGCGAUGGUAUUACAGUGAUAUUGGGAUGAUAUUGAGAUGAUAUUGAGGUGCAAUACUAUCCAAAUAUCAAAGUCUGCGCAUAUGCCCGGCUUAAGCAAUGUUCGCUCGGCCUUAAGAGGUGUGUACUUGUAAACUUAUUAUUAUGUGAUUUUAGUUUAGUGAAUUGAUUAUGUGAUCCUUUUGUAAUUAUUUAUGUAAUUAGUUUUAGAGAGCUUGUGAUUGUUGCAAAUGUUUUUUUAUAGAUUAAGUUUCAUAUUGGUUGGAUUUAUUUCUUUGUUAGGAGCUAUUAUUGCCGCGCUGUGCGGCUGUGAUCGGAGGGCACGCGCAGC